AUGCGCGCCCCGGAGCUCCCGCUGGUGCUGCUGGCGCUGCUGCUAGGCCAGGCGCCCCGGGGGCCCGCCGCCCCAGUGCCCGGUCCCGGGGGCCCCGCCUUGACCAAGAUGUACCCGCGCGGCAACCACUGGGCGGUGGGACACUUAAUGGGGAAGAAGAGCACAGGAGAGCUUCCAGAUACUUCUGAGUGGGGAAUUCCAAAGGAGCAGCAAGAAAUUUGGGAGUAUCUGGUGUGGGAAGCAGCAGCAAGAAAUUUGCUAAAUUUCUUGAAAGCCCAGGAGACCAGAGGUCAUCAUCGGUCACCUCAGCCAGAGCCUCUGAGCAGCCACCAGGCUGCUCCCUGGGAUUCGGAGGAGCAAGGCAGUUUUCAGGGGUGGGGAGAUCCCCCACUCCAGGUUUUCCCCAAGGAGGAAGAAGCCCGCACUUAGAGGGACAUGGACAGUGAAGUCUGGAUCCAAAGAAGCCAAAUCAAGUCCCAAACAACUGCCCCAUCCCUCCGACCUCUUCUUUCCUGAUUCAACACCAACUGGAUGUCCUUUGUGCAAAAUACUCAAUUAUUCUUGUACCUUCCAACUUCUACUCAAUUUAUGACAUUUGAGCAGUUGCUCUAGCUUGCCCUUGUUUGCUGUGAAUCAUUGUCUACAACGUUUUCCAAUGAACACUCUUGUCCAGGCAACUUGUCAAGUAGAUGCCAGUCCCUGACCUGUUCAACCCAUCACAAUAAAAACUUAACAGUGAUGCCCC